AUGUACUCCUGUGGUAUAUUUAUUGACCUAAAAAAGGCAUUUGACACGGUUGAUCAUGAUAUUCUGUUGGGUAAGCUAGAUUAUUAUGGUAUUAGAGUAGUAAUCAGUAACUGGUUUUCUUCUUAUCUUAAAAAUCGCACGCAAACUACUUCAGUUGGAAACUGUGUAUCUAACAAAGAAACUACCUUGUGUGGAGUACCCCAAAGCUCAGUUCUUGGACCUCUACUCUUUUUGAUCUACAUCAAUGAUAUUUGUGAAUCAUCUGAGAUUUUCAAAUUCUUUCUUUUCGCUGAUGAUACUAACUUAUUGUAUGCUGAUAAAGACCUAAAAAUGCUUGAAACAGUUGUCAACGCUGAAUUAAAGAAAGUCUGUGAAUGGCUUGCAAUAAACAAACUCACCCUUAAUAUAAGUAAAUCAAAUUUUGUAAUUUUUCGACCAUAUCAGAAGUCAUUGAAUUUCCAGCCUGUAAUUAAAAUGUUUGAUAAUGAUACCAAACAAUAUACAUCACUUGAAUGCAAAGAAUAUGUUAAGUACCUUGGAAUUAUUAUCGACUGUAACUUGAACUGGAAGCAUCACAUAAAUUAUAUUACAUUAAAGAUUAGCAAAACUGUAGGAAUCAUUUCUAAAUUGAGAUAUUACAUCCCAAAUCAUACCUUGUUAGAUAUUUAUAGGUCAUUGAUUUCACCAUAUUUAACAUAUGGUGUAGUUGCUUGGGGAAAUGCUGCUAAAGUACAUAUUCAAAAACUUCUUGUUUUACAAAAGCGUGCAUUACGACUCAUGAAUUUUAAAUCAUUUCAAGAUCACGCAAUUCCUCUAUUCCUUUCUACCUACAUUCUUCCUGUAACUAUGAUCUAUGUUAAAGAAUCUGCUUACAUGCUCUACAAUAUAUUAAAAGGGGAUGCGCCUGAAGCACUGCAUAAAUUAUUUACCAAAACGUCUAAUUAUCAUAACUAUGAUACAAGAAUGGUUUCAAAAGAUAACUUAUAUAUCAAUUCUUCUCGUCUGGAAUUACAAAAGUGUUCAUUUUCCAGAGUCGGUACUUUAAUUUGGAAUAGCAUUGAUCUCAAUCUUCGCUCAUCUCGUAAACAGACUUUUAAAUCUAAAAUACAUCAAGCUCUUUUAACCAUACUUCAAGAUCAAAAUGACUAUGUUGACGUACCCAUGAUAAUUGAAAUGCUGCCCAAUGUAACCGCGAUAUAAUUUUCCGCUCAUCAUAACUUUCUAAUUGCUUUCAAAAAGAAUAUAUUUGUGUCAUGAAUAAUAUUUUUCAUUUAAAAAUUAUCAUAGCCAAUCGGAAUCUAAACUCUCGUUCUGUAAAUAAUUCAUUUUACUUCUUCUCAAUAUAAAUCAAUAUAUAUAAUAUUAUUUAAUUAGAUUCAUUUCCUGCCGCGAUUAGCUUGCUAUUGCAGGAUUUGAAUCUUGUAUUUUGUCAUGUAUAUUAUUCAAAUAAAGUUGUAAGUUGUAUUGUAUUGUAUACCUUUGCAACAAUAGUCUGAACUGUGGAUGUUCCCAAGCCAACCAAUUUGGAAGUGGUAUAGUAGUAAAUGCCUCUCGCGAGACGAUAACGGAAAAUAACAAAUGGCAUUCUGGUGCGAUAGCAUCUUCAAGUAUGGACAAAUUUUGCCCAGAAUAAAAGUGAAUGUAGCUUUUGAUGUUCUAAACGUUCAGCAGUGCAUGAGUUCCAUACAUGUUUCCCACCAACCAUAAUUUCUCUGUAGUCAUGGCUUGAGCAAUGAAAAAUUAAUUGAUUUCUAUUGGAUGGGCAGGAAGCCUAAUAAAGGAAGCCUCCUCGCCACAAGGUGAGCUAAUAAUAGAGCCUGAUUUAUGUCGACUUCAUGUGUGAUUUGCACAAAAGAAUUGUGCUAAUCUUCUAUUAUACAUCUUGCAAAAUAAUUUAUUUUGAUUUUAAUUCAAAAUCCAUGCACUUGUCCCAGACACUCAAUCUAAGUAACAUUUAUUUAAGCAUGUUAUCUGAAUCCCUGCCACUUUUAUGUCACUCAAUGACAUACAAUUAAGUUCUGCAAACGUUUGCUGAAUUAGUUUAAGCUAAGUUAUAUAUAUUAUAAAUUUAAGUUAAUGGGCAAUGCUGUCCUCAAAUUUAGUCUAAUUUAUAUGACAAUCGAUUUGAAUAUUUUACAUGCGGUACAAAGGUCACAGACCCACAGCUGUCAUUUGUAUCAAAGGUCAUCUUUGUAUUGGCAAACCAUACACGUGCACAUCUCAUGACCAAGCAGAUAAACCGCGGGCGAAAUGAAAAUUUAACUACCUUUGAUCUGGUAUAAAAUUCUGGCAUAACAUUUGCCAGAACGAUAUAUUUUCUGUUUGUAAUGCAAUAGAGUUAUAUUUCACAAUUUGCAUGAUUUUCGAAUCGACUCAAAGUUCAAAGUUCAAGCAGAAUCAAUUUUAGAGUACUCGUUGUAUAUUUGGGAAUGCAUUUUCAUCCUAACCUAAUUUUAUAAUUCCUUUGGUUAAAAUCCAGUAGUGGUUAGAAUUACAUAACCUAUAACUGAGCAAAGGCUUGGAAAGAGAGCCCAUGUAUGCAAGAAAUAUUAAUUAUAAUUUUCCAUGCUGUGUAGUUGGAUGAUUUGGGAGCAUUUUAAUUUAAAAUAAUAACUCGGCAGUCAGUUUUCACACACACAUUUGGCACUAUAUAUAUCAUAUAUGUUUGUUUACCUAUAAUAUACUAUUACUAUAUAAUCUAGCUAUAAUUCUGUUUCAACUGAGUUUGAACUUAAUUUCCACCCAACCUCGUACCCAGAGUCUGGCCAAAACUUUGACGCAUUUGUGCUUUUCAAUGGAACAAGACGCCUGCUCAGGCAUUCGCACUUCACUCAAAAUAACGACAGUGUGAUGCAUGCCUGGAAUAUGAGAGCAGUCACAUAAGCAAUAUUGCUCGUUCUCGAGGGCAAAAAUUUAGCUAUUGCUACCAAUACAAUUUAGACCAGCUAUGAAAUGGAGACAGUGAUAGGCUACAUGGCAUCUCCAGUGCUGUAAUAUCAUAAUUAUAUAGCGCUACUAUCUAUAUACUUUGUAGUAUACUUUAAUAAUUCAAUGUUGUGUUGCAUUGCAAUUGAAUUUUCUUUUCUUGAAGAAAAUACAGUAGAGACAGUUGUAUAUUGAUGAUGUACUGUACUCUAAAAAUCACGAUGCCGAUAUAUAAAAUCAGUCAAUACUCGAUAGACACAAUACUCGAUAGUCAAUGUUCAAUAAAAAUGUCAUGUGUGUUUUACAAUAGUUUAAAUAGACUGUAAAAGCUUGAAUAUUUUUAUAAUGAACGGUAAAAUAAGACCACUGACUGGCACCGUGUAUAUUUAUUUAUUUUAUCAGUAUUGCAACGCUUUCGAUCUGUGAGGGAAACACAAUGAUAAUACAGUAUAAACAAUAAACAUUGUUGCCAAUUUCAUAUCUGUAUAAUAAAACUAAGGAUUUCAAAUAAUUCAAAACGUCUGUAGUGUAGACAGGUGAGGACCCAACCAAUGCAAUACCGAAUAAACCAAGAAACUGUACUAUAUAAAUACUUUCCUUUACGAUACGUUGAAAAAUUCAAGGAAACUGCAACAAUAUUAAACAAAAAAGUCAAAAAUAUGUUCUGUCUGUUAUACGUGACUGCCAUUUCACGAUCGUUUUCCCGACCGGAAAACAGACAAACGGUAUUAUUUUAAUUAAUACACUUUCUCAUUCGGGAAGUGUAACAAACUUUUAUGCCAACAUAGGCUCUAUUCCAAGAUUUAUGUCUCACAACUGGAAAUGCUCUAAUCCUCUAUGCUUAAUUGGUUACUUCACCAAGCAAACAAUUUGGAUAGACAAAGAGUUCGGCAAAUACUGGGUCUCCUCAAAAACACUUAAAACUGAGUGAAAGAAUAGAUGAAUUUAAAAAAAAGUAAAAUAAAUAAAAUUGCCAAGAUAGAGCUUUGUUUGUCGCGUUACCAACGCUCCUAUUGAGAAGUUGUAACAUAGAAGCUUUGUGGGGAAGCUGCUGGUAAAUUGUCUUGGCCCCAUUCAGGUUUCCUGUAUUGCAGGUUUUUCCUGGCCUCCCUGACUAUCCAGCUGUAGUAUAAGCGAUGGUAAUUCUCAAACAUGUACAAGCCUUACUAUCAUCUGGCAAAAGCUGUCCUCUAUAUGAAUACAGCUGUUGUAGGAGUGGGAUUGUUCGUCUAUGGGGAAUACGCUCAAGUGUCAGAUACACUUUAUUGUAUUUGUGGGGUUGAAGUGCUUCCAAAGGUCACCUUCAUGCCCAUAGACUCAUUCAAUGUAAAUAUAAUCGGCCGAGUUAUAGGAACUGUCCAAGGGACCCUUACCCCUUGGUUCAGGUUAAUAAGGUCAGAGGGGGUCGCUACCCUUCUGGCAUGUGCUCUGGGGACCCUUACCCCCAGGGCAGCCCUAGGGACCAUUACCCCUAGGGUUAUCAGAGCGGGCCUUAUAUAUACCCCGCAGGAUGAAAUAUAAGGCCAUAAAGAGUCUAUUGGGUUAAAUAUACAUAUAAUGUGACACUUAUUGUAACAGGAGUACUUCACCCCCAUAACCCAUUCUCCCACACAAAAGCUGUCUGUGUCUACUCUUAAUUCUUAGCUCAGUUAGCUGGCAGAAGAGCAAUUGUUCCAUUAAUGUCAGAACAUUUGAUUGUUUACGCUUUUUCUUGUGUUUGUAAUGAAUUAGGAUGUAAUUCCCUAAUAUUUGCAUUUAUAGAUAAUUAUAAUAACAUAACAAUCAUCCAGCUUUUUAUGAGAGCACUGAUUUUGUAUGAAUCCAGCUUGUUUAUUGGUAAUCAUAUUUUAAAAUGUUUAAAAACACUUAUCUCUAUAGUCAUGCCCAGAAUGUGAUUAAAACAGCCUGUGGCUACGAGAAAAUGUGCAGGCGAAGAAUGGUGGCAUCAUAUUUAAGGUGAAACCGUGAAAGAAUUGGAAACAAUUAGAAACAAAAUCACACAUCAAUGACAGACAGAAAAUGGAAUUGUGUGUUAGUGGUUUGCCAUGCUUAUCCAAGCAUUAUAAAACUAGAAACCUGAUUCAAUGGCAUUCGUGAUUCAACUAGAUUAUCAUCAAUUAAGCCUGGUUUCCAUGGCACCAACCUUCUGUGGGAAUGUCGCCCUAAACAAAACUAAAAGCCCUAACAUUCUUACUUCCCAUUUUAAGGCUGAUCCAUCACAAUUGUGACAUCAUUAUCUUAACACCUUGUAAACACACAUUGGGGCACACAGUGUGCACAUAUGGCACAGAAGGAUUUGCACAAAGCUUGAUUGGAACCAGCUCUUCUGUUUGAUCGUCACAUGACAGGCCAUUGUGGAUCUUUUUGAGAGAUCACACCUGUCAAAAAUGCAUGCAAAAGCACCAAUAUGCUUCAACUUUAAUCCUGUUUCUACUAAAUUUCUCACGAACAUAGAACAUAUCAUUAUUACAAAUUGUAUGUUUUUUGUUUUUGGAAUUGCUACUUUUUGGCGAUAAAAUUAUGUCACAAACUUGGCGCCAAAAAUUUUAAAAUAAGUUAUUGGUGAUUUUGUGCAUAUAUUUAGAAGAGCAGACUAAGAGUAUCUUAAAAUUGAAGUCAGUUUCUGCUGGCGGUAUAAUAUUUGCCAAAAUCAGAAUAAAAUCAUGGCUAGAAAUCUCAGACAGUCAGUGUUUCUGUUCGCGGGCGCAAAAAAUGUUCCAUGUGUGUGUGUGACUUGUAGUAAACAUAAAAAUCGACAAUGUCUUUUUACAAAGAGUUGAAUAACUUAAGCACAGCUGAUUUUGAUGAAUAUUCAACGAGAACCAAUAUUAAAAGUCCGUAAAGUCAUCACACGAGUUGUACGUUCGUAAAUUUAUAUGCUUCUGUUCAUAACUAUACUCUCAUAUUUUCUCGGCAAUCUCUGGUGACAAAUGUGUUUUAUCAAAGAUAUAAACGCUGAAAUAUAUUGAAAUUGUAUUACAGGCAGAUUAUGUAAAAUGGAAAAAUUAUUCCAGCCUGGAAAACACUUGGGAGCCAGAGGAGAACCUGAAUGCUGCUGCAAUAAGGUAACAUUGCUUUGUUUUAAAGUUUAUUAACUUUAGCUGUUAACACGAUUAUAAACAUUAUAUGCAAAUAAGAAAACAACUCGGGAACACUGUAGAAUUUGUUGUUUUUAUAUACAGACUGGCGGCUUUGUGCUAGUUAGACUGUUGGUCAAGCUCAACCUCAUCGCCAUGGUCUUUCUUCUUGAAAGGGAGCUAUUCUUAAAAUGUAUUUAAUAUUUUGUAUUUCACUUCAGAGCUUUUGAAAACCCAGCACCAGCAGAGGAUAUGAUUCAGGAUGCAAGGGAUUCCUUGGCAUGCGGCAUCCUGGAACAACUGAAAUUAAAAAGUAUGCUGCCAACAGUCAUUCCUUUUCGGCAUGAUGUAUUUCGCUAGAGGGAGAUCAGCAAUGAAAGAGGUGCUGUUCUCUUGGAAGAGUCAGAUUUGCAAUUUCCCAGGGGAUUGGGACAAGAUAGAGGACUCUAUAGGAGAUGGCUUGAAGAUAGAAUUUGCAGUCAAGCUUCAACCAUUCCUCUCAUGGAGCCCUAAAACCUACAUCCUUAAGGAUGGUCAAGUUGUUGUGCACCCCAGGUAUCGGCCUGAGAAACUGAGUAUCUCAAUUUGUAAAAAUGCUUUUAGAUGA